CAAUACACCAUUUCCCCUCGGAUACUAUGAUGAUGAAAACGAGGCUCCUCUGCUUGCUCGCUCUGCUGUUGCUAUGGACGGCAAUGGUGCGAGCAUCCGCUGGCGUGCAAGGAAGCCAGGCCGGGAACAGGAGUGCUCUUCCCUCCCUGGCCGGCUGCCAGAAGAACUGUGGCAACCUGAGUUUCGACUACCCGUUCGGCAUAGGGGCAGGCUGCUUCCGGCUGCCGCAGCGAGACUUUGAGCUCAUCUGCAACAACACCCACGGUGCCUCACAGCAGCCCAGACUCUUCCUGCACGACGGCAUCACCGAGGUUGUCAAUGACAUCAGACCCGGCGACACAUCAGGUAUUGAUGUAUCGUUUUCCCAAUCCGUCUCCGUGAGACCUGAGGUGGAUGCAUACAACAUCUCCUGGAACCCUGGGAGAUCUCUCAGUAUCGAUGGCGUAUUACUAAACUUCACUGGUUGCGACUUCAACAUGUAUGUGCUCCAGCACGACAUAAACAAGAUGGUGGGUCAGUGCAGUUCUACAUGCCCUGACGAAGAUAUCACAGAUACAAUGGCCAGGCAGGACUGCAACGGUACAGGAUGUUGCACUGCCGUAGGUUACUCUGAGUUUGGUGUCGGCUUGGACAUCAAGUUUGUCCGCCACAAGAUUGGAAAGCGGAAGUUCCAAGCGCAGAGUAACCGAAGCUCCAUAUGGGAUACAAUUAAUGUAGUAACCUCUCAUCAAGCGUAUAUUAGCUGGGCGAUCGCCGUUGAUGAACCUGGCACAGAUUAUGCAUGUCUCAGCAACCAUAGCAGUGGGCGAUUCGAUUCAUCUAACGUCACUUAUGUUUGUUACUGUGACCGUGGUUACCGAGGCAAUCCAUACAUAACCAAUGGCUGCUCCCGUGACAAAGGGUACCAUCCGAUACAACGGAAGACCAACUGCUCUAGAUGGUGUGGAGAAAUCAGUGUCCCUUUCCCAUUUGGCCUAGAGGAUGGUUGUUCUGCAAGGAUGUCAUUUCAGCUCAAUUGUACAAAUUCUUCUUUGUCUACCCUCCAGUUUCUUGACGGGUUCGAUGAUACAGAAUACUCCAGCAAUUAUGUACAGUAUAUAAAUAUCUCAGGGGGGCUAGUGAAUGUUAAAUACAACAUAUAUGAAGCAGAGAGCCUUUCGGUGCAUGUAUUUCAAGAUCCAGGCCUCUAUGUUGCCUCCGGGGGUGUGGUACUACAGCAGUGGGCCGUAGCCAAUUUAACGUGCCACGAGGCACAGCAGAAUAAGUCCGGAUAUGCAUGUGUCAGCAUGAAUAGCAUAUGCUUGAGUGUCAACUCCGAACAAGAAUAUAUCGGUUACCGUUGCAAAUGUUCGGCCGGCUUUGACGGGAAUCCAUAUAUCGCAGAUGACUGCAACGAUGUUGACGAGUGCAAGACACCAGGCACAUGUUAUGGGAUCUGUCAUAACACUGAAGGAGGUCACUAUUGCACGGAAUGUCCUAGUGAUACAGUGUAUGAUACUACAAUAAAGAUGUGCACAUCAGCCAAAAAACAAAAUCUGGUACUAGGUAUCGCCAUUGGGAUCAGCGUUGGUUUUGGAAUUCUACUUCUCAUAUCAAUUAUAAUAUUGUUCGUUCGUAGAUGUAAAAAAGGCAUCAAGAAGAAACUACGAAGAAAGCAUUUUCGGCAGAACCAAGGUCUACUCCUCGAACAAUUGGUAUCAUCAGAUGAAAAUGCAAGUGACAACACUAAGAUUUUCUCACUAUCAGAGUUAGAGAAGGCAACCAAUAACUUCGAUCCAACACGUAUCGUUGGCCGUGGAGGGCAUGGCAUGGUUUAUAAAGGCAUCUUAUCCGACCAACGGGUAGUGGCCAUAAAGAAAUAUAAAGUCAUUGAGCAAGUUGAGAUAAGCCAGUUUAUCAAUGAGGUUGCUGUCCUCUCCCAGGUAAAUCACCGGAAUAUCGUGAAGCUCUUUGGUUGUUGUCUUGAGACCGAAGUCCCACUGCUAGUGUAUGACUUCAUCCCUAAUGGUUCAUUAUUUGGAAUCCUUCACGCCACUACCACUAGCGGCCUUGUCUUGUCCUGGGAUAAUUGUUUGAAAAUUGCUGCAGAAGCUGCUGGAGCACUCUAUUACCUCCACUCAGCUGCUUCAGUAUCGAUAUUUCAUCGUGAUGUGAAGUCCACUAACAUACUCUUAGAUGGAAAUUACACUGCAAAGGUAUCAGAUUUUGGCGCUUCAAGGUUGGUUCCUAUUGACCAAACUCAUGUCAUUACAAAUAUACAAGGCACAUUUGGAUACUUGGAUCCGGAAUAUUACCACACUGGUAUGUUGAAUGAGAAGAGUGAUGUCUAUAGUUUUGGUGUAGUACUUGUAGAGUUGCUGCUCAGGAAGAAGCCUAUUUUUACAAGUGACUCUGGGCUAACGCAAAACUUGUCCAACUACUUCUUGUGGGAGAUGAGGGAGAAACCACUUGCAGAAAUAGUAGCUACACAAGUUCUUGAGGAAGCAACAAAUGAAGAGAUUAAUGAUGUCGCCAAUCUUGCGCAGACUUGCUUGCAACUACGAGGUGAAGAGGGACCUACAAUGAAAGAAGUGGAGAUGAAACUACAGUAUGUGCGAUCUAAAAGGUUGAGAUCAUGUCAGGUUGUUGUAAGAAAUGAAGACAUGCAACCCUUGUUAAGUGGACAAAGCCAAGACACUCUUCCAAUGUUGACUACUCCGAGUGGUAUAGCAGACAGUGUUAAUAUAGCUUCUCAAAGGAACCAAAAUUGCUACAGCUUGGAGCAAGAGUUAAUGGCAUCGGCGACUCUUCCACGCUAGUCCAUUGUGUUCUUAGCAUUAAUGUUUUGUUGUCUACUUUUCCUAUUGAAGUGCUAUAUCAUUUGCCCCUGUGAUGGAGAGGGUAAAGUAUACGCUACACCAUAUAGUCCACUAAAUAAUGGGCGCUUUAUACUGUCCAGAUUGGAAAGUUUCAUUCUUAUUCUUGUCUUAACAAAAAUUGUA